AAACGGCGAACCACAUACGUGUCGCUUAGAGGAAUACAUGUCCUUCGAUCCUUACGUGUCGUUUUCCUCAUCCGACUUCCGUUUCACGACAACUUGGACUCGCAAAACCCGCGCUGUGAAAAUCCCGAUUCUGAAAAUUUCUGAAAGAAAGAGACUUCCCUAGGAUCUCGUUUUGGUUUCUGAGUUUCUUCGAAAGCUCAUGUAUUUAACUCCAAUUCGUCGGAAUAAUGAUCAUGUUUUUCUCUUCACUUUUCUCUCUCUAGCUCUCUCUCAGAAAAUUGACAAAUUCAGGUUCAAACUCAGGUUCUAAGGCCAAUUCAGAUUCUGGGUGUGUGAAAUCUGGAUUGAAUUUGUUUUGUGUGUGAAGUUGACAAAUUCAAGUUCAAGGUCGAGUUUUGAGUUGAACUCAUAUUCUGGGUGUGUUAAAUCUGAGAGCUUUUGGGAAAAAAAAAAAUGGUUUUAUGUGUGAAGUUGACAAAUUGAGGUUCAAGGUCAAGUUUUGAGUUGAAAUCAUAUUCUGGGUGUGUGAAAUCUGAGAGUUUUGCAUUCGAUUUUGGGGCAUAAAGCGGUUUGGUUUGGUGUGCGUUAUUAUGGGUGCUAAUUUUUCCUCUUGUGUUUUUGAUGGGGAUGCUGCUCCUUUGAGGCCAAGGCUUGGGGAUAUACCUGAGAGUUGUGUAGCAUUGGUGUUAAUGUACUUGGAUCCACCUGAUAUUUGCAAGCUAGCACGAUUGAACAGGGCAUUUCGUGAUGCUUCAUUAGCAGACUUCAUUUGGGAAUCGAAGUUGCCUUUGAAUUAUAAGUUCAUAAUGGAGAAAGCUUUGGAGGAUGCUUCUGUAGCAGAAUUGGGGAAGAGGGAUGUUUAUGCUAGACUCUGCAGGCCUACUUUGUUUGACCACGGAACCAAGGAAUUUUGGCUAGAUAAGAGGACGGGUGGGGUUUGUUUGGCGAUUUCUUCCAAAGCUUUGAGGAUUACAGGGAUAGAUGAUCGGAGAUAUUGGAAUCACAUUUCGACCGAAGAGUCAAGGUUCCAUACAGUAGCUUAUCUUCAACAAAUUUGGUGGCUUGAAGUGGAAGGAGAUAUUGAUUUCCAAUUUCCACCUGGGACAUACAGUGUCUUCUUCAGACUCCAGCUUGGCAGGUCAUCCAAGAGGCUUGGUCGUCGAGUUUGUAAGAUUGAGCACAUUCAUGGCUGGGAUAUAAAACCAGUAAAAUUUCAGCUAACCACUUCUGAUGGUCAACAUGCAGUAUCCCAGAGUCAUUUGGAUAAUCCCGGGCAAUGGAUACUCUACCAUGCAGGAAACUUUGUUUCCAAGCAUCCUAACGAUUUGAUGAAUAUCAAAUUUUCAUUGACUCAAAUUGAUUGCACACAUACCAAAGGUGGUUUGUGUGUAGAUUCUGUAUUUAUAUGCAAUAGUGAUGUAAGGAAAGAGGUGUAGAUUGUUUUUGUAGGUAGGAAAUCUGUGUAGUAGAUAAGCUGAGGCACCUGAGUUUACUUUUGCGAUUUGGGUUCUUGGGGUGAUAAGUAGAGGUGAUACUUCCAAAUAUGCCCCGACAUAGAGCUUCCCUUUAGAUGUUUUGUUUCAUUGAUAGGAAAAUGUUUGAAUAGGUUGCAAAUAUUUUUGUACAUACUUUUUUGACCCCCUUUGGCUAGAAUCUUUGUGUGACUCGGGUAUAUUUCCUUCUUCUUUUUUUGGAUACUGGGUAUUGAUUUCUGUGUAUUCUCAAAGAAUGAAGUGGUUUAUGUGUUCUAAUCUCAGCUGGGAUGCAUGGGUAAGAGUGGAUUUCCUUUAUGAAGUGAUUCUUGUACAUGAUACAAAGACUUUUGCUUGUUAGUUUUGAUGAAUAUGUAACCUGAGGUCUAAAACAUGCCUUACAAAUGCUAUAUUGUUUUAAGUUCCUUUUGUUCUGGGAAAUAUAUAUAGUCUACAUAGGACUACUAUGUGAUAAG